ACCGCCGUCCGUCUAUCUGACUGUCUGUCGCUGGCUGGCUGGCCACUCUAGCGGGAAUUCGGUGAGAGGCGCACCCGCGAGAGCUUCAGUCGCAACCUAUCGAACCCCCGCCCCCAUACGAUAUCCUAUUCUACGACGGCCUACGAACAUUUUACAAUCUGCGCCGUGUCACCACGUUCUGUCAAACACUGAAAAGAGCCGCAACCAUCCUCCCAAACCAGCCAGCCGACCAGCGACCAAGCGUCCCUCCCUCUUCCGAUCGAAUCGAUUUUCUCUCUCUCUCUCUCUCUCUCUCUCUCUCUCUCUCUCUCUCUCUCACACACACACACACACUACACAUGUCGCGCCGUUGAGAGUGAGGAAGGAAAGACAAUGUCGUAUUACUUCGCCAUCGUCGGCACGCAGGACAAUCCUCUCUUCGAGUAUGAGUUUGGCACCUCCAAACAGGGGGGCGACGGCCAGUCGCGCUUCAACGAGCAGAUCCGUCACCUGAAUCAGUUCAUCCUGCAUAGUAGCCUGGACAUCGUCGAGGAGGUGCAGUGGGCGCAGGGGCAAAUGUACCUCAAGAUCGUGGAUAAGUUCUUCAACAACUACGUCUCGUGUUUUGUCACGGCCGGCAACAUCAAGUUCCUGCUUCUGCACCAGCCCUCGGCGCCGUCGAGCACAGCGUCGUCGCGGUCGUCGACGGCCAUCGGCGCCAAUCCCACGAGCCCCGCGACCGAGGAGGCCAUCAAGAAUUUCUUCCAGGAGGUAUAUGAGAACUGGGUUAAGGCUAUUAUGAGCCCGUUUUACAGGGUAAACAUGGAGAUCAAGAGCCCCGUAUUCCGGUCACGAGUGGCGGCGGCCGGAAGGAAGUACUUGUGAUGAAAGCGGGCUGAAUUUGCGAAUUGGUGACGUUCACCUCGCCAAUCCCAGAGUUGCCUUUCAUGCCCAUUCAACAGAAGACGUGUCACGACUCAAACAGGUUGCUUUGUCAUUCAAGUUGAUAU